CCUCUUGAAGGUGACGCACGAGGGAUUAUUCUAACGGUUAUUGGUCAUUUUUCUGUCGCCGUGUUUAUCGGUGUGAUGAUUUCUCUCUCGGUCUCGAUGCAGAUGUUUGUGCUGGUCGGUGUGUGCGCGCUGCUGAUCGCCGGAGCUUCUGCCCGCAACGACAACGGCAAUUUUUUGGACGACAAAUGGUUGACCGGGAGAUGGGACAAAUUCAGAGAUGAGGUGGAGGAACCAGGAACAUGGAGUCCAGGAAAACCAUUUGAUCAAGCUCUGGACCCUGCCAAAGAUCCAUGCCUCAAGAUAAAAUGUGGCCGCCAUAAAGUGUGUGUGGCUGAAGAUUACCAAACACCCACCUGUGUUAGUCAACGCAGAAUGAGUUUUAAAGACAUGAAUUUGAACUCACCACUGCUGAAAUGCAAAAGAUGUCCAGUUGUGCACCCUUCACCUGUUUGUGGAACAGAUGGACACACUUACUCCACCAAGUGUAAAGUAGAAUAUCAAGCUUGCAUCUCUGGGAAGCAGAUUUCUGUCAAGUGUCCAGGACAGUGUCCCUGCCCUUCAGGAAAUCCAGCAGAGAAGAGAGAGUGUGGUAAUGCGGAGAUGGCUGAAGUGGUUAGCAGAUUACGAGAGUGGAUCACAGUUCUUCAUGAGAGUGGCAAUCCCAGCAAGAAAUACAAGUUCCAGAAGCCAGAGAAGAUGGUGGACAUGAGUAAGGUGCCUCUCUGUAAGGACUCUCUGGGCUGGAUGUUCUCCAGACUGGACACAAACUUUGACCUUCAGCUCGACCAGUCAGAGCUGUCCAGCCUGAGCUCAGAGAAGAGUGAUGUGUGCACUAAAGCCUUCUUCAGGUCAUGUGACACAGACAGAGACAGGCUCGUUUCCAGCCAAGAGUGGUGUUCCUGCUUUCAGAGAUAUCAAGAGGCUCCCUGCCAAUCAGAGAUCGCCAUCAUCCACAAACAGCAAGCAGGGAAGAAAUUACUGGGUCCGUACAUCCCCUCCUGUGAUGAGGAUGGCUUCUAUAGGCCUCAGCAGUGUCAUAGAAGCAGAGGUCAGUGCUGGUGUGUGGAUCUCAAUGGAAAUGAGAUCGCGGGGUCUCAUACCCACGGGUCUGCUGACUGUGCUGUGGAGUCUUCUGGAGAUUUUGGCAGCGGUGACGCUCUGCUCUCAGAUGAUGAAGAUGGGGAUGUUGUAAAUGAUGAAGAGGAGAUGGGAGAUGAUGAUGAUGAAUAUGAACAAGUUGAUGAUGAGUAUGGGUACCUGUCAUAAUCCGUUUUCCGCUGUCUUUUUUAAAAAUAAUUAUUUUACGACAUUUAAAAACAAGGAACCAAAUAAAAACACAGACUUUCAUUUGGUCGUAAAGCACGUUUCUAGGUGGCCUCAGCAGAGUGCAGUACUAACAUUACUAAAGAGUUCAUCUACCCCUGUGCUGUAUAACAUUUGAGCAAAAUUAAUACCAGUACUCAAUAACCACGUUUCAUUUUUAUUACAUUUCUUAUAUUCAUCCAAAGUGAAUAAGUAUAUUGACAGAUCUAGAAGUUUAGGAAUUCAUAAGCGGGUUUGAUGAGAGAUUAUUGAGGGUUAAAUGUUUGCACUUAUAAACAUGCACACAACACAUACACGUGCGAAAUACAUGUGAACACACCUGAUAUCAUGAUGACUUUACACCUUCUAGAAUGUGAUUUUGCAGUCAUGCUAUGAGGGGUUAACGUCGAUAUUCAUGUCUCAUUACGGUUUGCCAUAAAUUACAUACCUACAUAGAUUUUUUUUUGUUUAAUCAGUAGAAUGAUAAUUAGAAUUACAGAUAAACUAUUAACAUGUACCAGUAUUUGUAUGUAAGGAUGGACAUUCUAGAACAAACCUGUUUGAAAUGGUUAAGACACGGCCUUUAGUGACCACACGUCAGACACACAAUAAAACAGAUGUGACUGCAGUUAAGAGAGGACAGAGUCAUGCUAUUUAGAGACUUAAACACACACACAUGCACACUCACACACACUUAUCUUUGGCAGUCUUUGGGCAUGAGGUGCCUUUGAUGCAACACGGAGGAGCAGGUGGAAAAGAGGUCUGGGGAAAAAAAGAGAGAAGGAGAUAUUUAGUGUUAGAAUGUAGAACUUGACUGCCAUAUGAAUCAAAAAAAAGUUUUUUUUUGCGUCACGUUCUCUGUUGUUUUGGUCUAUAGGAGAAAGUGAACAUGAUUAGUUAGUUUGCAUAUGUUACUGUAGACAACAAAUCAUACGAUAGAUGCUGCUGCUGUCAUUUAUUCUCCUCGUCACUCUCAGCGCUUUUGCAUUUUCUGUCAGAUUUGUUUUCAUAAUGUGCAUAUGAAAAUAUAAAUUUCCUUCUAUGGACAUUGUGGUGUUUUCUGAAAAAAAUAAUAAAAAAGGUAAUUUGGUCGAAUGAGUUUAUGAUCAUCAGUUGCAGAGGUCAAAGGAACCACCUUUAUCAGUGUUGUCCAGCUGUUGUCAUAGAGAUAACACAUUUUGGUUUGUUUGUUUUUUUACAGUAUACAUAUAAUUUGCUCAAAUAAAGUUACACAGACCAAAA